CCCAAAUAAUGCUGCAUGCUCCAUUACAAAGCUUUAAUGAGAUCCCGUCUUUAUUCGGUGGUCACAAUAAAAUCUGCUCAAAGCCUCGGAAAAUAGUUGUCGCGUUUUGAUGAAUGUUUACGUGGCAAUUAGACGUCACACUCAAACUGAUUACCCAGUUUCUGAGGGGGAUUUAUGCUAAUUAGGCCGUUUCGAAAUUGGAAAUGCUAUAAAUUGGCGCAGCGACAAGAGAAUGCUUCAAUGAAGCCGAGAAAAACCAAGGCGAAAAAGUCCGACUUGGACGAAUCUCAGCACCACGCCAUCAAAGAAAAGCCGUACAUAACAAAGGAAAUUGAAACAUCAAUAACCCUCCUCGAAAGUCCAGAAAGCGGCCUCGUAUUGGAGGCGCUCCUAUUCCUAUCAAAAUAUGCGGACAUUCAACGGAACAACUUAAUAUUCCUGCACUCGCGUGGCCUCAUGCCAAAGCUGCUGGCACUGCUCGACCAUAACAUUUGCAUCGUGCGACUCUCCUUAAGACUAUUAUCCCAAUUACUGGCCCUGGAGGCCGCCCAGCUCGAGCUCAACCAGCAGAAGUUCGACGAGCGGGUGCUCAAAAUCGCCGGCUUUUACACCGGACACAAGGACCCGCACGUGAAAGAGUUCGCAAUUCUCAUCCUGGCGGCGUUUGCCAAAUUGGGGCGCGCCCAUAUUUUACUGGCUGAAGCCGGCUUAAUUUCAGCCGUUCUGAAAACGGUGAAGACGCCUGAAAGUGACACUAUUCUGAAUAGUUCGCUUGAAUUAUUCAGCAAGUUUAUCGAAAUGGAGCAAGUGAGGGGGGAUUUACCCACAGAAAAGGACUUCCAUUUGGACUUGUUCAUCCAGCACUUGAACACUUCGGAAGCCUGCUUCAGGACCAUCCUCGUCAUUUUCGAAAAAAUCACCUACUUCAGCGACGACCAUCUCCUGAACCGGCUCAAAGAAUGCCAAAUUGUCGAGCACAUGUUUGACAUUAUCAUGGACCCCAGCCACGCAGAGCACACGCAGACUUGUCUCAACAUCGUCUGGCACUGCAUGGGGAACGAAAUCACCCGGACUUACUUUGUUACGACUCUCGAGUUUUUGAAAUUCUGUCAAUGGGUCAAAAACUGCCCCCCGGAGGUCGGCCUCAUCUGUGCUAGAAUUUUCCUCGAACUCGCCAAAAUCGACUCGAUUAAACAACUCCUCUUUGACUUAUCAAUCGAGGACACGAUUUUGUCGUUUUUCAAAAGUGAUGAUAAACAAGUGUUGAACGUAACGUGCGAUUCGGUUUGUUUCAUGUCCAAGCACAAGUACUGUUGCGAGAAGAUAGUGACGCCUAUAGUUGUUAAAAAACUGCUUACGAUCCUAGGCCGGCAAAACGAUGUUUACGACCCUGAUAAUGAAACGGCUUUAUCGACUUUGUAUUACUUGAGCCGGCGCGACUCUCGAACGGUUCAUAUGGUGCGGGCUUUUGACGGGGUUGAAAUUUUGAUGAGGUAUUUGCGCAAAAAACUGCCCCAAGACUCGUACCGCAAGCUCUUGGAAAUUGUCAAUAUGUUCGUUACUAAUAAUCAAUUGCAAAAAGUGAUUCUUUCCCCGGAUUUGUACGAGAUAAUUCUCACACAAACUUUGAGUAAAUUUGUUGAAAUAUGCAAGAGGAGUUUGGAAAUUAUGAUAAACUGUUUAGGCGUCGAAGAAUUUCGGAAUUACUUUUUAUUAAAUCACGGUUCGCGCGUUAUUGUUGAUAAACUAGCGACGAGCACGGACGAGGAAACUAUCCGACUGCUUGUGAUUUUCGUUCACAAUGCUUUGAUCUUCGAGAAAUUAGCGAAUGAUUUCGUGUUGAGGAAAAUCCUGCUUGUGCUUAAGAAAAUCCCGGAGGGUGUGAAAUACCGGAACCCGCUGAUCCAACGCGUUAUAAAUUUGGUGUUUAAUAUGUGUUUGCCGGUGAAGUUUUUUGAGACUGGGCGAUUGGAACUAAUGGAUAAGUUGCACGAGAGGUUUUACGUUAUCACAGGUCCUUGGAGCGAGCCGUUUCCAUUUUUGGAGGUGUUGGAAAUCAGGCGAAUGUCCACCAUAAACACAAUUUACGUGGUCGAUGAUUGUGGACACCACAAAACGGACACGAAAGAAGCCCACGACUGUUUCAGUAUCCAAAGGCAGAGCAUCACAGAAUCUGCUCUGUGUUCGUCGUCAAUUAUAUCAAUCUCCUCCGAUCAAAUGAAGUGCGCGAUAAAUUACGGCCGGCUUUCGCACGACCCCUUUUUGCCUAAAUACUUCUCCCGAGUCGAGAAACUAACAAGUGGUGUGUCGCGUUUGCCUGAAAAAAUCCAAAUUCUGGCGAAAUUCGUUGCAGAUUGUCUGUGUGGUCCGACAGAGAAGGGUUCGAUUUCGGAUAAGUUGCACACCUUCAAGCUUCAUAUCGAAUGCAUUAAGGAAAAGCUCGGUACUAGCAUGAUCCCGAUCGGGUAUUUGCGUUUGGGGUUUCACUGUGAAAGGGCUUUGCUUUUUAAAGCAUUGGCUGAUCAUGUUUACAUACCGGCGACUUUGGUUAAAGGCAAGAGUAAAUUGUAUUGGAACGAAGUAGCGCUGAUUCAGAGCGAAAAGAAGGCGAAGGUUUUGAGAAUGUUCGUGGUGGAUUUGAUGGACAAUGUGGGACAGCUGUUGCCGGUUGGCUCGAGGGAGUGCAAUGUGUAUUGUGAUAUUCUUUAAUAAAUGUCCAUUGUUGGAAAAAUUUUA